AUGGCUCUCGUGAAUAUUAUUGUUAGCAUGCCAUUGCUCGCCUACGUGUCAUCGAUGUUCAUUGAACAAAAAGUGGAAACUCUGACUCUUGAGAUGAAACGUCUUCAGAAUGAAAUAACUGAGCUGAGAACAUCAUUCAAUGAUAAUCAAGAAAAACUGAAAAUGCUCACAACUGCUUUGAUGGCGACUAAAUGCACACCAACACUAGCUGGGUUUAAUGAAAGUGCAAACAACUGCAGGAUUGCAUUUCAUGCACGUCUAACCAAGAGUAUAGAAAAUUUGAAUCCCUGGCAGACGAUUGUCUUUGGCCAAGUUCAGACCAACCAUGGAAAUGCCUAUGCAAGCACAACAGGAAUAUUUACUGCGAAAACGCCGGGAGUGUAUGUUUUUUAUGUACAUAUUCUUGGUUCAACACGUAACAUGGAAAUCUGUCUGAAGAAAAAUGAGGACUGCAUACUUUACUUGUACUCCCAGGGUACCAGCUCAUAUGGCUCUGAUGAUAACAUGGUUGUUGUGGACCUAGCUGUGGGUGACCGGGUGUACGUAGUGAAACAUGGAGCAUUUGGCACAGCCCCAUUCUAUGUUCACCACGCAUGGACCAACUUUGCAGGCUACAUGUUAUACCCGUUGUAG